AAGACUUAUACAAGUCCUCGUUGCUCUGUUAGUUUCCGUGGGUUCCUUCGCCCUCCGCCAACGCCGCCGCCGCCGCCGCCGAGUACAUACACCUUCAUAAGUCACACGGUACAAAGCCACCAUGCUCCUCCGGCAAUCUCCUCUCAUUGCCUCCCCAAACCCCUGUCCAAUCCCUCGAAACCCUAGAUCUUACCCGAUCUCCCGAAUUCUCUUCUCCCGUUGCUGCUUCCGAACCCUACGCGAUCGGAGCCUCCCCUCGCUGCAGUGCUGCGCGUCCAAGGGAUCCGAUGCAGCGGCGGUGGAGGCGGUGACCGAGGUCGAGGUGGCGGUCGGGGAAGCCGAGAGCCGCGAGGCAGGGGGAGCGGGAUCGGCUGGGGUUAGCGUGGGGAUCGGGAGCCCGGCUCUGACCGCUGGACUUGGGUUAUACCGGAUGAGCUUGGGGGAUCAGGCGUUCUUCCUUUUGGCUUUCAUCGCUUGCACGACCUCGGUCGCAUUUACCAGCUUGGUAGUUGCAGCUAUUCCAACUCUUCUUGCAAUGCGGAGAACUGCAACAUCUCUAGCAAGAUUAGCAGAUACUGCAACAGAGGAGCUCCCUAGUACCAUGGCUGCAAUAAGACUAUCAGGCAUGGAGAUUAGUGAUCUUACUCUGGAGUUGAGUGAUUUAAGCCAAGAAAUAUCUGAUGGCAUCAGCAAAUCUGCACAAGCUGUGCAGGCCGCAGAAGCUGGAAUCCGGCAGAUUGGUGCUUUAGCUAGGUGCCAAACUGUUUCAAUGAUAGAAGAAAGAGCAAAUUUGCCCAAUAUUUCUCUGAAACCCAUGGUAGCCGGGGCUGCAAGGAAAACUUCUCAUGUUGUUGGCAAGGCUAAGAAAACUUUUAUGAAUAUUAUUUCUGGGGGGGAGCAUAGCCAAAAGAGUGAAGACAUGUCUGACAAGGUGGAGAUUUGAGCCCACAUAUUCUUGGAAAUAUUGCCAGAUCUUUGAAGUAUUCACGAGCCAUUAUCUUCAACUGUUACAUGCGGCAGAUUGCAUCAUUCACCAAUUCUAUAUCCUCACUCCAAAAAUCUCAACCUUAGUUAACAGGUUCACAAUUAACACAAACAUCAUAGGGUGUCACCCAACAUGUAUGUAAAACAUGAGUUUUCUACUAUAUUCUGUCGUGAUCAGUCUCUAGGUGUACUCACUAGUACUUUUGUCCCAAUUUUAAGAUUUCCUAUUUGAGCAUUGCUAAUAUAAGUAGGGUUUGCAAGCCAUUUGUGACUUGGUUUGUCAAUUGUAUUCACUACAACAUUUGUGAUGAUCUAACCUUCCAUUCUCCUUUA